GAGCCGCACGUCUCUGCGCUGCCGGAGGUCGGUGCCCUGCUCUCCCAGCUUCGGCCCGCUAUGGCUCUCGGCACCGCCCGUCCCGCGCUGCCAGCGCUCCUGGCCCUGAUCGGAGCUCUGCUCCCAGGACUUGGAGGGGCCCAAACAUCAGUGCACCCCCUAGAAGCCAUCAUACCCCGAGGCGGCUCUGUGCAGGUGAACUGUAGUACUUCUUGUGACCAUCGCCCCUUCUUGGGCCUGGAGACGCAGCUGACUAAGAAGGAGGUCGCUCAGGGGGACAACUGGAAGAUGUUUGAACUGAGUGGUGUGCAGGAAGAUAGCACCCCAAUAUGCUUCUCAUACUGUCAAGCACAGACAAUGGUUUCGAUGUCUCUCACCGUGUACUGGUUCCCGGAGCGCGUGGAGUUGGCCCCCCUGCCCCGCUGGCAGCCCGUGGGCGAAAACCUCACCCUGCGCUGCCAGGUGGCCGGCGGGGCGCCCCGGACCAACCUCACGGUGGUGCUGCUCCGCGGGGAGGAGGAGCUGAACCGGCAGCCGGCCGUCGGGGAGCCCGCCGAGGCCACGGUCACGGUGCUGGCGGGCAGAGACGACCACCUCGCCAAUUUCUCGUGCCGCACGGAACUGGACUUGCGGUCCCGAGGGCUGGGUCUGUUCCAGAACAGCUCGGCCCCCAGGCAGCUCCGAACUUUCGUCCUGCCAGAGACGCACCCAAACCUUGUUACCCCCAGCCUUGUGGAAGCGGGCACAGAGUGGCCCGUGAACUGCACCAUGGACGGGCUGUUCCCAGCUUCGGAGGCCCAAGUCCGCCUGGAGCUGUCUGGCCGGAAUCUGCACCCCACAGUCACGCACAACAACGACUCCCUCUUGGCCACGGCCCAUGACAAGGCCAACAUGGAAGAGGAGGGCACCCGGCAGCUGUCGUGCGUGGUGACCCUGGGACACCAGAGCCGGUCGUGGCAGGAGAAUGUGACCAUCUACAGCUUCCCGGCUCCCAACCUGACCCUGAGUGAGCCAGAGGUCUCAGAACAGACUGUGGUGACCGUGGAGUGUGAAGCCCAGGCCGGGGCCCUGGUGAUGCUGAGCGGGGGGGUCCCGGCAAGGCUUCCAGGACCCAGGGCCCAGCUCCAACUAAAUGCCAGCGCCGAGGACAAUGGGCGCAUCUUCUUCUGCUCUGCUCUCCUGGAGGUGGCCGGGCAGGUGCUACACAAGAACCAGACCCAGGAGCUCCGUGUCCUGUAUGGUCCCCGAUUAGACAAGAGGGAUUGUCUGGGAAACUGGACGUGGCAGGAAGGCUCCCAGCAGACCCUGACAUGCCAAGCUUGGGGAAAUCCAGUUCCUGAGCUGAAGUGUCGCCGGAAGGGGGAUAAUGCUCUGCUGCCCAUCGGGGACCUGAGACCUGUCACGCGGGAGGUUGCAGGCACUUACCUGUGUCAGGCCAGGAGCCCCCGUGGUGAGGUCACCCGUGAAGUGGUCGUGAACGUGAUCUACCACCGGAAUUACAUCCUCACCACCAUUCUGGUGACAGUUGCUUUCACCAUAGGAGCUGCGGGCCUAGCUGCUUACUUCUAUAACCGCCAGCGGAAGAUCCAGAAAUACAAGUUACAGAAGGCCCAGGAGGCGGCUGCCAUGAAGCUGAACACACCAGCCACGCCACCCUGAACCUGUCCCAGGACAGGGCCUCCUCCUCAGCCCCCCACACAGUGGCAGCGGUGCCACAUUGAACAAUGGUCCAUUCAGCUCCACCCACCUUCCCAGGACGCCCGAGGACAGGACAGAGGCCUCAGGAUACAGACAGCAUUGGGGAUCAAGGCACAUGCACACUUAGGAUCCCCAAGCCUCACACCUGACCUGUAGUCACAGGACUGAGCCAUGAGGAGGGGGCGGGACUUGGGUCAUGACUGUGAGGGGUGCCAAAGCCUGACCAGACCAGAGGGGGUGUGGUGGUUCACUUGACCUGGGACACCCAACUGUGAACCAGUGAAACUCACCCCUGCCGCGUGUGCUGAGGCCCCGCAGUCCUAGGGAGAAGUGGCCUGCACAAACACAUACAGCAUGGAAACAUAGCCCCAUCCUUCCGAUGACAUGCCAGCUCCAGUGCGGCUGUCCAUUGACUGUCCCCAACUUUUGAUGGAUGUAUUUAUUAAUUUGUUCUCUUAUGAGCUAUUUAUUGAGUGCCUUUUAUGUGGGUUAGAAUAGUAAAGAAGAGGAACAUAGGUUCCUGUCCUCAGGGAGCUCUCAGUCUAGUCUCAUUCAGGGCCGCCAGGUACAGUUGUACUGGCUGUGCACUGCAAAGGAGUGCCUGGCGAAAAGAUCAAGCGGGGCUGGAAUUUCCUACUCCGGCUGGCUAAGCUGCUUUCCUCCAGAAGGGGACUGGCAAUGGUGAUAUGGUUUAGUUGGUAACCUGCCCAGGGACAACCACUGAGCCCUUACUCCUCCCCCCAUCUCUGACACUGACCUCCGUUAACCACCUCUCUGCCCAUAAGCAUCUGCUAGUGCUCACAGUGACACUGUGGCGUGCCUAAACAUGAAUGCCCAUUCACUGACAGCUAAACCAUAUAGUCCCAUGAAACUAUGCCCAACCGCUGUGUGUCCCUGCCUUGUCCUACCUGGUUCCAUCUUGGGACCUUGCAAGAACAGAGCACUCUGGCAGCUCCAAAUUCCAGCGGAGACAAGGGCCCUGCAGGCAGUGCGGAGGAGGGGCCUGGGAGGAUCCCCUCCCAGUUCCAGAAGCCUCUUUCUUGUGCUAAUAAAGCUUCUUCUCAGUG